AGUUGUUAAAAAAGUAUUUGGUUUCUCAAAUAAUAAUUUGUAAGAAAUGAACAAGAAGCCUACAGAUUUGGUGAAGCUAACAAAAGCCGAAAUGGCCAAGUGGCUCAACGGCUUCGAUACGGUGUUCACGGAUUGCCGUGGCGUGCUGUGGCUGGACAAGGUCAUAGACGGUGCACCCGAAGCCAUUGCAUUACUCAAAUCGCUCGGCAAGGAAGUUUAUUUUGUUACUAAUAAUAGCAAAAACACGCGUCGCGAAAUCUGGCAGAAAGCUACGGCAACUGGUUUUGAAAUAGAUGAAUCGCACAUUAACGCGCCUAUAAACUCAAUUGUUGAGUAUCUGCAGGCGCGCAAUUUUCGAAAGAAAGUCUAUAUAAUAGGCGCUGAAGCUGUAGGCAAUUCAUUAACCGAAGCUGGUAUUGAAAGUUUCGGACCCGGCGCCGAACCAAUACCAGAUAAACUAGACGAUUUGAUUGCACAACAAGUGGCCAAACAGAAGGCUGACAAUGUGGGUGCUGUUAUUGUGGGCUUCGAUAAACAUUUCUCUUUCGUGAAAUUGUUUAAAGCCUGCAAUUAUAUUAGUGCAAAUGCGGAUUGUCUCUUCAUGACUACGAACGCAGAUAAUAUGCUUCGUUUUCCCGAAUAUCGUAUACCUGAUACUUUUGCGAUUACGGCUGCUGUGGAGGCGUGUGUGGAGCGUAAAGCUUUGCAGUUUGGCAAACCGAAUCCAGAGAUUUGUCAAGAAUUGAUCAGGUUGGGGAAGAUUGUGCCGAAGCGUACGCUCAUGAUCGGAGAUGUUUGCGAGAUUGACAUGUUAUUUGGUCACAAGUGCGGGUUCCAGACUUUACUUGUGGGUUCAGGUCCUAGUAGCGACCAUGAAUUUAAUGUGGUGCUAAAGAAUCCCAAUGUAAAUCCAGACUAUAUACCCGAUUUCGUUGUGCCUUCUUUAGGUCAUAUAACGAAACUUAUUUAGACUAUAUUUUAUUUAUGUACCAUAUACAUUACAUUAUGACAAAAAAG